UUCACUCGUGCUGCGGGGCUGCGGGUUGCGGGUUGCUGGCUGCGGGCGGGGCCGCAGAGGCGGGAGAGAAAGAGGGAGAAAGAGACAGAGAGACAGAGAGAGACAGAGAGGAGGGAAGGCGGGGAUCCCCGCCGGGCAGCCUGCGCGCCCCUUAGCUGGACGCGGACCCGGCCACGCUGGGAUGGAGGAUGCUCGUGGUGUCCGGGAGCGUUGGGCUGGAGGAUGCUCGUGGUCCCGGGGCGCGCUGGGCUGGAGGAUGCCCGCGCUCCUCGGAAGCCCUGGGCUGUAGGAUGCUCGUGGUCCUCGGACGUCCCGGGCUGUAGGAUGCUCGUGGUCCCUGGGCGCGCUGGGCUGUAGGACGCUCGCGAUCCCCGGACCAACUGGGAUUUAGCAUGUUCAUGGUCCCCGGGAGCUCGGAGUCGUAGGAUGGUCGUGGUCCUCGGCCGCUCUGGGCUUCAGGACGCCCGGGGACUCUGGCCGCUCUAGGAUGUAGGAUGCUUGUGAUGCCUGGGUGCGCCGGGCUGUGGGAUGCUCGCGGUCCUCGGGCGCACAGGGAUGUAGGAUGUCGGCCGUCCUCGGGCGCUCUGGGCUUUAGGAUGCUCCUGGUCUCCGGGCGUUUGGGGAUGUAGGAUGCUCGUGGUCCCCGGGGGCGCUGGCCUUUAGGAUGCUCGUGCUCUCCGGGCGCACUAUGUAGGAUGCUCGUGCUCCCUGGGUGCGCUGGGCUGUAGGAUGCUCUCGAUCCCCGGGUGCGCUGGGUUUUAGGACGCUCUUGGUGUCCGGGCACCGUGGGAUGGAGGAUGUUCAUCGUCCGGGCGCUCUGACCUGUAGGAUGCUCGCGGUCCUCGGACUCCCCGGGCCGUAGGCUGCUCUCGAUCCUCGGCCGCGCUGGGCUUCGGGAUGCUCGCGGUCCUCGGACGUCCUAGGCUGUAGUAGCUCGCGGUCCCCCGGCGGCCCGGGCCGUAGGAUGCUCGUGGUCCUCGGGCGCGCUGGACCGUAGGAUGCUCUCGGUCUCCGGGCUGUAGGAUGCUCUCGGUCCCCGGACGCUCCGGGCUGUAGGAUGUUGGAAGUCCCGGGCCGGCGUCGGGGCCGUCGGGGGCGUCGGGGGCGUCGGGCUCCCCAGGGUCCGGAGCAGGGGUCCAUGGAAGCGUCCGGCCUCCCCCUCCCCUGCCUCGUCCCGGCCCCGACCCCCGGGCCCCUUGUCCGGCUGGGAGCCGGGGCCGCCCGGCCCGACAGCUGGCUGCUCUCCGCCGCCCACCCGGCCUCUCCUUCGCCGGCUCCUCGUCCUGCAGCUGCCCUCCUUCCGGGGGUGACCUACUGGCCCCUGCCCUGCCCCCCUUUCCUGCCCCUGGGGCCGGGGCCCGCAGGACCGGACCUUCCUCUUCUUCACCCGUUCCCCCUGAUCCACGGCCAGUGGAUGUUUGGGACCCAUUCUCCAGCUUUGGCCUAUUCUCCCUCUUCUAAUGUGGAAUUGAUCCCCAUUUUCCCAACCGUGUACAGUUCUACUCCUUACCCUCCUGCUGGGAAAAGUUGGAUGGAACAGAGGAUCCCUAACUGUAAGAUAUAUUUCAAUAACGCGUUUGCUCUGGAUUCAGCAUGGACUCCUCCUGAGGAAUCAAGACCCUUCCAAGGCCGUGAGAUGCCUCAUUUGUUCCCUCAUCUGGCUGUGGCAAUCACAAGUUCAGCUCCCACUGCCAGACCUCUCCCUGCAGUGAGAUUAACGCCACAAUCCAGAGCAGGUGGCGGUCAGAAUGGCAUCAAACCAGCUGGCAUCAAUCCGCCCUUCGCUGCCACCCCGAUCACGGUGGAGCCCGAGAGGCUGGAGGGCCCUUCGGCGACCAACGUGCCACCCUGUCACGUCCUGACUCUGGCGCCCAUCAGAAUACCCCUCCUGGCAUCCCCCUUGGCAGGUUCUCCUUCCAGAAUCGAGAGCUGCUUGGCCCCCCUGUUGCCAGCUCAACUCGCAAGAGUAACAGCCAUCUCCGCCCCAGCCGUGAGAUUCGUCACAACCGAUUUGGUGGAGCCAAGAUCCGCAGAUAAAGGGAAAGAGUCAAGCAGAGCUUCCUGCCCCUCCCCCUUGAUUCUGCACACCGAGAGGACGAGUCACGCUACGGAGAAUGAAGAAAAGGAAUGUUCUUUGCUGGGACGUGAUGCCAACAGCUCCUCGAAAGGCAACAAGCCCGUGGCGUCCACUCCCGUCCCGGGAUCUCCUUGGUGUGUCGUCUGGACUGGAGAUGACCGAGUCUUCUUCUUCAACCCGACGAUGCAGCUCUCGGUGUGGGAGAAACCGACCGACUUGAAGAAUCGCGGCGACAUCAACAGGAUCCUUGAAGACCCUCCUCACAAGCGCAAACUGGAACCUUCAGCAACAGGAAAUAGUGGAGAUUCCAGUUCAGAAGAUGUAAAUGAAGACCAGAACUUGAAGACAAAGAGAAACAGGCUGGAAGAUUCUCCAGAUGAUCAGCUGGACCCUCUCCAAGCGGAAGAGAAAGCCGAGACGACACCUCCCCGCCAGCUCACGUUUCCUCUGGAAGAGCGGUUAGCGCGUUUCCGCGAUAUGCUUCUGGAAAGAGGGGUGUCCGCGUUUUCCACAUGGGAGAAAGAGUUACACAAAAUUGUGUUUGACCCUCGCUAUCUGCUUCUAAACUCUGAUGAGAGAAAACAGGUUUUUGAACAGUUUGUCAAGACAAGAAUAAAAGAAGAAUACAAAGAGAAAAAAGGAAAGUUUCUGCUAGCCAAAGAAGAAUUCAAAAAACUUCUAGAGGAAUCCAAAUUGUCACCCAGAACAACCUUUAAAGAGUUUGCGGAGAAAUACGGCCGAGAUCAGAGAUUUCGGCUGCUACAAAAGAAGAAGGACCAAGAGCACUUUUUCAACCAGUUCAUGCACAGUCUCAAAAGGAGGGACAAGGAAAACAGAAUCAGACUAAGAAAAAUGAGAUAAGAAUUUAGGAGCGCCGCAAUAAGGUUACGUCUGCACCGUGACUGCCAGAGGAACCGAAACGAAAGCUUUUCGGGUGGUUAUUUUCAUCGUCAAAGAUACGAUGACGAAGAACGAACGGGCAUCGAGGCGUUGGAUGUUAUCGAAUGGGCUCGCUUUUCGCCAAUUAAGUCUGUGACGGUCGCUCCAUGGGAUUCUGUGAUACACAGCGUUCUCAGAGGAUUUACGUUUCAUAUUGAAGCUCCCUUUUGUACGACGUUCCCAGUUUGCCGUAUUUCUGAUUGCCAUGAUGCGUCAAUCCCUCGAUUGUUUUAAUUAUGCAAAUCCCCUGUAAUAUACCCCCGAAUUAUAAACCCAACACCGGUUUGUAGCGGAACAGAGACCGACGCCAUCUCUAUCCAUUUCGGCACGUUUGCAUCCCUGAAGUAAACUAUUCGAAACUCUGGGGAGAAAUGUAGUGCAGUAACAUCGAUUCCUUGAAAGAACAGUCGUUGUGAGAAGACCAUUACUCCGCCCUCCAUAGGUGUACCUGUAGUUUUCUCUGGGUGUCGUGAUAGGGUGUUAAUUGUCAACCAUAGUGAAGAAUGUGAAAAUCUUGACACGUUAUUCCAUUCUCUUGGAAGCUUCCGAUAUUCUGAAAGCGAUUCGUGACAAACGAUGGGUCUUUUGGGCUCUGAGUGAGGAGGAUACUUGCCCAUAAGAGUUCCUGGAAAAGAAAAAGAAAGUUAGUUUGUAAAAAGUGUCCUCUUAAUAUAUGAGUUCUUUUUAUCGUAUGCCAAGUUUGCAUGAGAUUUUGCUCAUCAUCUUUGUAUAAAUAAAUAUUUUAACUUUUUUUUAAUUAAUAAAUAUUUUAGAUCGGAGUCUUU